UUGUACCAAGAAGAAGUUCAAAGCUCUCCAAACGAUAUAAAAUAUGGAACAUUGUAAGUUUUUCGAAUAUCUCCUAAAUUUUAUCAAAAAAACAUUUUCAGACAAAUAACUGUAUCUAAGCUACAGUACUUCAAGAUCUAAAUUUGGAAAUUUUCGUCCCUACUGAACAAUCCGACGGGACUGAAUAUCAUUUUUGCCAUUAAAUUUCAACAUGGUAAGUUCAUAAACUUCAAUUUAGAAAAAAUUGGAUUCAAUGUGAUUUUCAGUCCUAGAACCAUUAAACUAACAUUAAGUUCCAGUUUUCAAAUUUCUAGUGAACUCUAAAAAUAAAAAUUCGACAGAAAACCUAUAAACUUAACCUUAAGUUAACAAAAAAUAAAUAUUCUCACAGCUCUCGCAAUGGAUUUGAAGUUUUUUGCAAUGAAUUGAAAAAUGUUGCGGAAUACGUUAACCAAUAUUUGGAAUAUCGAUAUUUGGAAUAUCCGAUUCACUCGAUAACAGAGUUUGUUUAGUUUCCCAAAAACAAAUAAAAUUAUUUUCAUUUUUUCAGAAAAAGAAAGAAGGUGUAUUCAGAAGAAGAAAACAACUAUAACAACUGUAUCUAA